UUGUGGUGGGUGGUGACGCUCAUCGUGCUCUUUGUAAUUAUUGGAGUGUCAUUUCUGUCGAACGCCUAUGAAUUCGUUGGGUUCCAAUAUCGAAAAGCACGCGCCAAGUCGCAACUUCGUCGUUUCGACGAGCUAAUGACACGAGUUGGUUGCGGGACUAUAACUGGUAUUCCACUUGCUCCCAACGAACAAGUUCUACGUGCCGUUUGUAAGUGCAACAAAUCCUCUGCAUGUCGACGUGAUCUGUAUCGUGUGCCGGCCAUGUCGCCAAUCGCGUUCGAAUGUGACGCGUCCACCGGCACCGACAAUCGGCUUCCACCGACACCGAACUUCUCUCAAGCAUCUUCGUUGAGUGGUGGCUAUGCGAUGUGA